AUGGCGAACGCUUCCAGGAGUUUCCUCCUGCCUGGAUCCUUGCUUCACAAGCUACAGAUCACCACCCAUCCGACGAGGACCUCAAGACUCGCAAGCUGUCGACUUGGCCGCUUCUCUUGUUCGCCGAACCGGACCAGUCGGGCCGGGAGCCAGUCGAGCGGAUUCCGAGAGCCUCUGGACACAUCCUCCUGGAAGCCUCGCGUCCAACGCUUGAGCUGGAAGAAAGACCUGAUCAAAGACUUGGAGAGCUCUCGAACCGAUCGGCUUGCCCAAACAUAUCAAGUUGAUCCGAAAGUCAUCCCUGAGUUUGAGUAUCGAAAAGUCAAACUGAAAGGCAGGUUCGAUCACGCCAAGGAGAUCUUCAUCGAGUCUAGAACCCGCGAAGCAGAGCUGGGAUAUCACCUCAUCACUCCUUUCUAUCCUGACAACGGCGGCGAGCCGAUCCUCAUCAACCGUGGAUUCAUCAAGCGCGAAUUCAAAAAUCCCCAAUCCCGUCCCCUCAGUCGUGAGUCAACAGAUAUCGAGGUUGUCGGCAUGCUCCGCAAACAGGAGAACAAGUCCUUCUUUCAACCGAGCAAUUCGAAAGACUCCAACCAAUGGUACUUUGUCGAUAUCCAAGAGAUUGCAGACCAUCUGGGUACCUCGCCAAUCCUCGUCGACGCCAUUACUUAUGCCAAUAGUGGCAAGUUGAAGGAGAUGGCUUCCAAAGCUCUUCCGAUCGGAAGAUCCCCUCAGAUCUCUCUCCGCAACAUGCAUGCCACAUACAUUGCCACCUGGUAA